GCGUUCGCGAAGGCCAAUCGCGAAUCCGGACGAGAAAAACCUGAACUGGACAGGUAAACAACUGUUUUUUUCUGUCGAAGGGAGAGAAACAUGGAAUGAAGUUGCAUUGCGAGUCGAAAAGAGAAGAGGCAAAAAGUUGGUAAUAUCUCAGAGCUCAGAUCCAAGGGAUGGAUGGAGGGAAAGGUGAGCGUCGUGGAGGCAAGAGCUGGCGGAAGGAGAGGGAGGAGCGGGAAAGGAAGAGGGUCAGCACCAAGGCAGCAAACAUCUCCAAAGAUUCAGAAGAGAAGAAAGAGAACGACGACCCAGAGAGUCGCAGAGAGGAGGAAAUGGCCAAGAAGAAGCUAGAUGAAGAAAACAAGCUAAAGCAGCAAGAGGAGCUUGCAGCCCUGGCAAAGGAAAAGGAGGAGGAAGAGAGGAAACAGAAAGAGGAAGAGGAAAGACAGCAGAGGGAAGAAGCAGCCAGGAAGUUGGAGGAGGACCGAGUAUUCCUUUUAAAUUACAUUCAAGAGUGUGAAGAACGUCUUGCUAAGAAGAAAGAACUUCGUGCACAAAACUUAGCAGUUGUAAAAGACAGACCAGAACUAAACACAGCUCUUCUAGACUCAAGUUUAAAGAAAAAUACAGCAUUUAUAAGGAAAUUGAAAAACCUAACUGAGAGCCAGCAUGACUCCCUAGUGAAGGACCUCCAAAGCCUAAACCUGACAAAGUAUGUGAGUGAGGUUGCACAGGCUGUGGUGGAGACCAAGCUGAAGAUGUCAGACAUAUCAACGGCUGUCCACCUGUGCUCACUCCUACACCAGCGCUACCAUGACUUUGCUCCAACACUCUUGGAGAAUUGGCAAAAAGUUCUCACUCCAAAGAAAGAUGAAAAGAUGACAAUUCCUAAAAGUGAUUUCUUGCCUCCUGAGAGACAAAAGAAUGUGCGUCAGCUUCUAAAGGACUAUUAUGUAUCACUAAGCAAACAUCUGUUUCAUGAUCACAAGGAGUUACAGCAGGUUGAAAAGCACAACCGUAGGCUGUUGCAGACACGGGGAGAACUUGGGCAGGAUAGAGUCAACUUGGCUGAAAACCUUGCCAGUGGACUGACCAAACUUGUUGCCAACACACAGCAGAUGGCAGAACUUUUGGAUGAGGACAUGCCUGAGCUUCCAGAAGACAAGAGUCAGGGAGAUGACUUGGGUCUAGGUGACAUUGGCAUGGGGGAAGGAGGUGAGAUUCCUGAUGGAGGGACAGCUGUGCUAUGGGAAGAUGAAGAUACACGAGCAUUCUAUGAAAACCUCCCAGAACUCAAGGCUCUCAUUCCCUCCAUACUAUACAGUGACUCUGAAAAGCCUACAACAGUUCCGGCUGAAGAAACCCCAAGUGAGGAAGUGGUAGAUACAGUCGAGGAGGAGGAACUGGAUAGUGUAGCACCUGCUGAGGAUGAUGCAGAAGAAGUCCUGCCCCCAGAGUUCCCCCCAGAGGAGGAACCAGAGGACUCCUUAACAGGCACUGGGCCCUCAUCCAACAAGGUGCUCCUUGAUGCUUUCCUCAGUGCCUUGCCCAACUGCAUUAACCGGGACUUGAUUGACAGUGCGGCCAUGGACUUCUGCCUCAGACUCAACACAAAGCCAAGCAGAAAGAAACUAGUCAGAGCCUUGUUUCUGGUGCCGAGAACAAGAUUAGACUUAUUACCCUUCUACUCUCGCCUGGUCGCAACGCUUCAGCCUCUCAUGCCGGACCUAGCCACCGAUUUAGUCAACAUGUUACGGCAAGAUUUUAAGUACCAAGUGCGGAAGAAGGACCAAAUAAAUAUCGAGUCUAAAAUAAAGGUUGUGAGAUUCAUAGGAGAGUUGGUCAAGUUCAAAGUGUAUCCACGCAGUGAGGCUUUACAGUGCUUGAGAAUGUUACUGCAGGACUUCAGUCAUCAUCAUGUGGAGAUGGCAUGCAAUCUCUUGGAGACUUGUGGCCGGUUCCUUUAUAGAAUACCAGAUUCUCACCAUCGCACAAAGAUCUACUUGGAGCAGAUGAUGAGGAAGAAAACAGUCAAGGCAUUUGAUCCAAGGUACAACACCAUGAUAGAGAAUGCCUACUUCUACGUGAAUCCUCCUGACUCUGGACCAGAGACAACGAAGAAAGAACGGCCACCCAUGCACCAGUAUAUCCGCAAGUUGCUUUACGAUGAUCUCUGCAAGUCAAAUACAGAAAAGAUUUUGCGCCAGAUGCGAAAGAUGCACUGGGAAGACCCAUUAGUUGCAAGCUAUAUAGUAAAAUGUUUGACAGCAAUUUGGAAUGCAAAGUUCUAUAAUAUAAGAUGCAUUGCAAACUUGGUUGCAGGGCUGAUAUCUCACCAUGAUUGGGUUGGGCCUGCCGUUGUGGAUGGUAUUUUGGAAGACAUACGCAUUGGCCUGGAGGUUAAUCAUCCCAAAUUCAACCAGAGAAGAGUAGCAGCUGUGAAGUACCUGGGUGAAUUGUAUAACUAUAGGGUUAUAGAAAGUUCUAUUAUAUUCAAGGUUCUUUACCUAUUCAUCUCCUUUGGUGUGGUAUUCGACCCAAGUUCGUAUAGUGAGUACGAUCCUCCUGAACACCUGUUUCGUCUGAGGUUGGUGUGUACGCUGUUGGAAACUUGUGGGCAGUUCUUUAGUUCAGGAUCAAGCAAAAGACGUCUAGACUGCUAUUUAUGUUAUUUCCAGCAUUACUAUCAGUACAAGAGAUCUCUCAGUAUAUGGAGUGAGGAGCAAGAGUUCCCAUGGCAGAUCGAGCACUUAGUCAGAGACACAAUUGCAGCAGUCAGACCAAAGCUUCAGAUGUACAACAACCUGGAGGAAGCACAAAAAGCGGUGACUCACCUCAAUAAUCAGAUUGUUGCAAAGGCAAUUGAGCAAGUACCAAGUCUUCGACAGUUCUUACAACCUGAUGCAGACAAUGAAGGACUUCACACAAUAACAGAGGAAG